UCUGGCAGAACAAAAACACUGGAGCAUUCGUUCACCUGGAGUGAAACUAGCUAUACCGAACAGUAAGACAAGUUAUAACUGCACGCCUGAACCAGCGGCGAUCUGUUCAAUUGAAAUACUUGUUUUAAGAGUAAAGGACACUAAUUUACCUUGGAAAUGGUUGGGUUAAGGAACGUUUUCUACUUCUAUUUGAUGUCCCUCUAUUUGUUAAGAGUAACUUAUACACAAGAUGAAGCAUCCACUCCAACAUCCAGCACUACAGAAAAACCCCCAGAAGCUUCCUCUGUAGUCAAUGAUCCAACCAAUUCAGAUAACACCCCAACUAGCCAGUCCACAACCACCACAGAAACUUCUUCAGCUAGUAAAACAACAACAAAAUAUUUGGCUUCAUCUACGUCAUCAGCAUCACCAGCAACCAAUGAGGGAAGUGAGUUUACUGCAACAACUUCCACAAAAGGUACAGGGGGCUCUACAGAUUCAUCAGUGGGGUCUCCAGAACCUCCCACAUCUAGUAGACCAACAAUGGAAAUGGAAACAACUGUAAGUACCUCUACAGGAGGAACCACCAAUAGUAAAGACACAGUGCUGUCUACUGCACUACCAAACAGCAUAACAUCAUCUACACCAGGUUCUGACUCUACAACUGGAGCCCCCAGCUCUCAGACUUCAACUGGAUCCCCCAGCUCUCAGACUUCAACUGGAGCCCCCAGCUCUCACACUUCAACUGGAGCCCCCAGCUCUCAGACUUCAACUGGAGCCCCCAGCUCUCAGACUUCAACUGGAGCCCCCAGCUCUCAGACUUCAACUGGAGCCCCCAACUCUGACACUACAACUGAAGCCCCUAAAUCUGAUGCUUCAACUGGAGCCCCCAACUCUGACACUACAACUGAAGCCCCUAAAUCUGACACUUCAACUGGAUUCCCCAGCUCUCAGACUUCAACUGGAGCCCCCAGCUCUCAGACUUCAACUGGGGCCCCCAGCUCUCACACUUCAACUGGAGCCCCCAACUCUGACACUACAACUGAAGCCCCUAAAUCUGAUGCUUCAACUGGAUCCCCCAGCUCUCACACAUCAACUGGAGCCCCCAGCUCUCACACUUCAACUGGAGCCCCCAGCUCUCAGACUUCAACUGAAUCCCCCAGCUCUCAGACUUCAACUGGAUCCCCCAGCUCUCAGACUUCAACUGGAUCCCCCAGCUCUCAGACUUCAACUGGAGCCCCCAGCUCUCAGACUUCAACUGGAUCCCCCAGCUCUCAGACUUCAACUGGAUCCCCCAGCUCUCAGACUUCAACUGGAGCCCCCAGCUCUCAGACUUCAACUGGAUCCCCCAGCUCUCAGACUUCAACUGGAUCCCCCAGCUCUCAGACUUCAACUGGAUCCCCCAGCUCUCAGACUUCAACUGGAGCCUCCAGCUCUCACACUUCAACUGGAUCCCCCAGCUCUCAGACUUCAACUGGAGCCCCCAGCUCUCAGACUUCAACUGGAGCCCCCAGCUCUCAGACUUCAACUGGAUCCCCCAGCUCUCAGACUUCAACUGGAGCCCCCAGCUCUCAGACUUCAACUGGAGCCACCAGCUCUCAGACUUCAACUGGAUCCCCCAGCUCUCAGACUUCAACUGGAGCCCCAAACUCUCAGACUUCAGCUGGAGCCCCCAGCUCUCAGACUUCAACUGGAGCCCCCAGCUCUCACACUUCAACUGGAUCCCCCAGCUCUCAGACUUCAACUGGAGCCCCCAGCUCUCAGACUUCAACUGGAGCCCCCAGCUCUCAGACUUCAGCUGGAUCCCUCAGCUCUCAGACUUCAACUGGAGCCCCCAGCUCUCAGACUUCAACUGGAGCCCCCAGCUCUGACACUACAACUGUUGUAAAACCAACUACACAGCCUUCCAAAACCACUCCUCAAAAUCCAUGCAGCCCUGGUGUGUGUUCUUUGGGUGGUGUAUGUGUGCCACUCUUCAUGAACUACACUUGUCAGUGCAUUCCUGGGUAUUACUAUAAGCCAUCACAUGGCUGCACAAAAGCAAAAACCUUCCCUGGUGAAUUGCAUUUGAAAAGUAUUAAUUUCAUUGAGAGUAUGGCUGACAAAAGCUCUAAAGAGUUUCAAAUCACAUCAUCUCAAAUUGAGGCAGAGUUAAACAGCAUACUAGAAAAUGAGAAAGGCUAUAUAAAGUCAGUUGUUCUAAAGCUAGCGCCAGGGAGUGUUCUUGCGAGUGUGGAUAACUUCUACGACUUAAACGCCAAUGUGACUGCAGAAACAAUUUCAAACGCCAUCAGGAACCAAAUAGAAAACUGUGCAGCCACCAACAGCUGCAAACUUAUGGAUAAUGGAACCACUUACAACAAUGAAAAUCUAUGUGCGCGGCCUAACAGUUGUGACUUGUCAACCGCAACUUGCUCAUAUACCACUGGCAUAAUAAGCUGCCCUUGUAAGAAUGGGUACCUGCCGUCCAAUUUCUCAAGUCAACUCUGUGUAGCUUGUGCAAGCGGAUACAAAGUAGAAAACAACAAGUGUGUCGCGUGUCCAUUUGGUAGAGCAGGAUUUAACUGUGAUGACUCCUCUCUGCUGGCUGUGGUGGUGAUCUCCUGCGUUCUGGGUGGACUGCUCUGUAUUGUCAUCUUAGCUCUUCUAAUAUUGUGUUGCAGUUUAAAAAGGAGUUCCUCUUAUAGCAGCCCCUACCCCCCGGAGGACUUUCUGAUGUGGCCCAAGCAAGAGGUGCCCAAGAUCCCCCGAGCCACCACCAACUUUGAAGCCACUCAGCUGGAGAUGACUGAGAAUGGGAGCACACACAACCUGGUGAAGAAACAAGACAACGGCAUGGUUGCUUAUGAUAACACUGAUGAAUUGAAGACCUUCACAGGCAAGAACCAAUCUCGCUACUCAUAUCUCUGUCACGGCCAGGAAAACCCUUAUUUUGUUCCAGAUGAAGACAAGAGAACAUAAAAAUAAAGAAAUAUGAUACCAAGAUAAUAGAUAUUUCCUUUUUGUUGUUUUUAAAAUUAGCAUUUACAAAGUGAUUGGAUGUCAAAUUUUAUACAACAAUCUUCCAUGGCCCUGGUUCCUGAAAAAUGUUAUCAGGGGGGAAAAAAAGAGCUUGAAUUUUCAUUCAGCAGAGGUCACUACUUCAUUACCUGCUUGGGCAAAAGGCAUGAUAGCUUUGUUACUUUUUUCUUAUUGAAUGUCAAGUGCCAAAAUGCUACCCCUUUUAAGAUUGAUUUUUUUUUUUUUUUUGUAAUAACCAGCUUUGG